UGAAGCAGAGACAUAUUUAAGAAACACUUUUCCAGGUUCCAGGAAGGUUAAGGAAAGUAGUUGUGCAUGAGAUUUGGACUGAGCAACAAAUUUGAAGCAGAAUUUCCUUCAUCUUUAACUGGGAAGGUUGCACCAGAAGAAUUUAAAGCCAGCAUCAGUAGAGUUAAUGGUUGUCUUAAGAAGAACCUUCCAGUUAAUGUACGAUGGCUACUUUGUGGAUGCCUUUGCUGCUGCUGCACUUUAGGUUGUAGUAUGUGGCCAGUUAUCUGCCUCAGUAAAAGAACACGAAGAUCGAUUGAGAAGUUAUUAGAAUGGGAAAACAAUAGGUUAUACCACAAGCUGUGCUUGCAUUGGAGACUAAGCAAAAGGAAAUGUGAAACGAAUAACAUGAUGGAAUAUGUCAUCCUUAUAGAAUUUUUACCAAAGACACCGAUUUUUCGACCAGAUUAGCAUUUACUUUAUUUAUAGAGACUUAUCCAAGUAUGUUGUCUUUCCAAUGGUGCCUUGCUUGGUGCUCUCCUGGUGGUGACAUAGCAUUGGUUCUACAGAAUCUUGUGGUGUUUUCAUUCUUUUUUGUUUAUUUGUUUAUUUUUGUUUUUUUUCUUAUUUUUUAAAUAAGAGCAUGUCCUAAGUGCGUUUGGUCAAAAUUUGCAAAAGUCAUUUCAUGCACAUGUUAACUACUACUUAAGUUAUUACUUUUAUUUCUUCUGUUUGUUAAUGUAUCUUGAUUUUCGAAGUCUUUUAUAUGUGUGCGCGCGUGUGUGUACAUAUAUAUAUAUAACUAUAAAUACACAGCUGAAAAUGGUCUACAAGUGAGCAGAUAUUUUUUUACCCCAAAAUGACACAACUGAUUGACUGUACUUUGUGCAAGUCCUUUUAAUUAUUAAUUUAUGUUUUUGAAGUAACUUCUAUGAUUUACGUAAAUUUUUGUCAGUGACAUGUCAGCUGUAAAUAUUUUCAGUUUCUUUUUGGGAUAUUGCCUAGCCAUUUCCAUCAGGAGGGUGAGGAAAAGUUC